AUGCCGCCUGCGCACAAGGACGGACGGGCUGCGGCACUCUACGGACCUUUGCGACGGCGUAUGAUAGAGAACGGCGACUGGGACAGGAUAUGCUCCCGGUUGGCACGCGAGCUCAACGAGAGCGGAUGGAUCGACCGGUUCAAGGACAGGAGCAAAGAAAUGGCUCGGAGCGCCGAAGGGAACGGCGGCGUCUCCGUCGACUCACUUCUUGCUGAAUUGCUUCCUCAGGCUGAAGAAGAGAUUCCAGUCAACACGCGACAGGAGAUAGUCAGCGUGAUUCGUAAGUUACUGGAGAGGCAGAUCGAGUUCACUUGA